AUGGCGACAGAAACCUCCAAGUAUAAGCUUAAUCACACUAUGAUCCGGGUCAAGGACCCAAAGAGAUCAGUGGAGUUCUACAAGUUCCUUGGGCUCAAUCAGAUCCAGCAGCUCGACUUUCCUGAGAACAAGUUCUCCCUCUACUUCCUCGCCUACAAUGGCCCCCAGUCGCUGCAGGGCGACCGUCACUGGACGGACCGCAAUGCGGUGCUGGAACUCACGCACAACUAUGGCACGGAGAAUGACCCCAAUUACACUGUUGCCAAUGGGAAUACGGAGCCCCAUCGCGGUUUCGGACACAUUGCCAUCUCGGUCGACAACGUCGAAGCGGCCUGCAAGAGACUCGAAGACGCUGGGUAUCAAUUCCAGAAAAAGCUCACCGAGGGUCGCAUGAAGCACAUUGCGUUCGCAAAGGAUCCCGAUGGAUACUGGGUUGAGAUCAUCCGCCGCCACGAUCAGGAUGUGGGGACUGCGACAGAUCCAGGCACCUACCGACUGAACCACACCAUGUUACGGGUCAAGUCCGCUGAGACCAGUCUCAAGUUCUACCAGGAGGUUAUGGGCAUGACCCUUGUGCGCACUAUCGAGAACAAGGAUGCUGCCUUCAAUCUCUACUUCCUGGGUUACCCUGCGUCCAACCCCACUGCGCAGGAGGGCGCGAAGAAUCCUGUGGCUGAAUGGGAGGGGCUGCUCGAGCUUACCUGGAACUACGGUACGGAGAAGCAAGAAGGCAAGGUUUACCAUGAUGGUAAUUCGGAGCCUCAAGGGUUCGGUCAUAUUUGUGUCUCUGUUGACGAUCUCAAUGCUGCCUGCGAUCGGUUCGAGUCGCUCAACGUGAACUGGAAGAAGCGUCUGACAGACGGGCGGAUGAAGAAUGUGGCUUUCAUUCUUGACCCGGAUGGCUAUUGGAUCGAGGUGAUCCAAAACGAGGCGUUGAAGCGUACCAGCAAUUGGUAA